AUGCUUGUUGGCAGAAAAAUGGGUCCGACGAUGCUCGCCGCCCGUUUCCAACAUUCUCUCACUCCUAAUGCGCUUCGGUCAUAUCUCGCGGAGUUUCUCUCCACAUUCUUCUACGUGUUUGCGGUUGUGGGUUCUGCCAUGUCAUCGCGGAAAUUGAUGCCUGAUGUUGCGUCGGAUGCAUCCAGUUUGGUCGUGGUUGCCGUCACCAACGCCUUUGCAUUGUCGUCGGCCGUGUAUGUCGCAGCGAACAUCUCAGGCGGGCAUGUGAAUCCGGCCGUCACAUUUGGAAUGGCGGUUGGAGGCCACAUUAGUGUCCCAACCGCUUUGUUUUACUGGGUUUCUCAGAUGCUGGCCUCUGUUAUGGCUAGCCUUCUCUUGAAGAUGACUGUUGUUGGACAGCAUGUUCCAACCUACAGUAUUGCAGAGGAAAUGACUGGGUUUGGAGCAUCCCUGAUGGAAGGUAUCCUAACAUUUGCUUUAGUCUACACUGUUUAUGCUGCUGGGGACACCAGGCGUGGUACAUUGGGAGCCAUUGGACCCCUCGCAAUUGGGUUCAUAGCAGGAGCCAAUGUCUUGGCAGCAGGACCCUUCUCCGGCGGAUCAAUGAAUCCGGCGUGCGCCUUUGGAUCGGCUGUCACCGCCGGCAGUUUCAAGAAUCAGGCAGUUUACUGGAUUGGACCCUUGGUUGGUGCUGCAGCUGCAGGCCUUGUCUAUGACAAUGUUGUGUUCCCUUCUCAAGCACCGGAGGGAGUUGGGGUGUAA